AGAAAAGGUAAAAUAUCAUAUCGAAAUGGCACCAUGCCAUCUUAUCCUCGUCCUCUCGAAACUCAGCUCUCCCCAUUCGCACUCAACUCUGCUGUUUUCUCUCCCUUUGCAAUAACACCGCCGCUGCCCUCCGCCGUGAAUGAUGGAAUGACUACGAAGUAGACCGGCCACCAACAUUUAUCGACCAUGAAACUAACAGAAGUGGCGGUGCCACUCCGUAACACAAAAUUCAUAUUCCCAUUCCCUCGUAACUCUCACUUACUCUUCUUCUCCUCUUCCUCUUCUUCUUUUCUGAAACCAUCUCUUGUCAAACCCUUACCUUCAAUUCGUUCAACAACUGAUAAUUCUACGACUUCUACCACCACCAAUCCUUCUCCCUCUUCCCCUUGGCUCAACAAUUGGUCUUCUCCACCACCAAACCCUUCUAUCAAUCCUGACUCCGGAAAACGGUCUGAAACUCGCAGUUCUUCUGAACCUGCUGCUUCCGGUGGCUCAACCAGGACCACCGCCAUUGACCGGAUUGUUCUUCGGUUGCGGAAUUUAGGUCUGGGCUCCGAUGACGAAGAAGAAGAGGCGGAAAAUGAAUACCCCGGGUCUUCGGAAAUGGCUUUGACGGGAGACGAGAAAUUGGGAGAUUUGUUAAGAAGAGAUUGGAUUCGUCCUGAUAGAAUGUUGGUCGAAGAUGACGAUGAGGAGACGAUUCUGCCAUGGGAGAGAGAACAGGAGGGAAAUCACGAGGAAGGGAGGGAAAUUGGAGGGGUAAAGAAGAGAACCAUGAAAGCACCAACAUUAGCUGAGUUGACACUUGAAGAUACAGAAUUAAGGAGGUUGAGGACAGUAGGUACAACGAUUAGGGAGAGGAUUUCAGUACCUAAGGCAGGGAUUACAGGGGCAGUUCUUGAAAAGAUUCAUGAUCAAUGGAGGAAGUCGGAGUUAGUUCGACUCAAGUUUCAUGAAGUGUUAGCUCGUGAUAUGAAAACUGCUCAUGAAAUUGUUCAGCGUCGAACAGGUGGAUUAGUCAUAUGGCAAUCAGGAAGUGUGAUGAUGGUAUUCCGGGGAGUUAACUACACAGGCCCUUCUUCAAGACCUGAAUCCAGUGAAAAAGACAAUAAUACCCUUUUUGUCCCUGAUGUUUCCCCUGCUAGUAAUCCAACAACAAGAAAUAACGAUUCUGCCACUACUAGUGUUGCAACAAGAACACCUGUUGUUGCAGAAAGCAUGACAGAAGAAGAAGCUGAAUUCAACAGUGUUUUAGAUGGAUUAGGUCCAAGGUUUCAAGAAUGGUGGGGGACUGGAAUCCUUCCAGUGGAUGCUGAUUUACUCCCACAGAUGAUUCCGGGGUUUAGAACUCCAUUCCGACUUCUUCCCACUGGAAUGAGGCCAAGAUUGACCAAUUCUGAGAUGACAAAUUUGAGAAAACUUGCUAAAUCACUUCCUUGUCAUUUUGCUCUUGGGAGAAACAGGAAUCAUCAGGGUUUAGCAUCUGCUAUACUGAAACUUUGGGAGAAAAGCAUGGUUGCUAAAAUUGCUGUUAAACGUGGAAUUCAGAAUACAAAUAAUGAGUUAAUGGCUGAGGAGUUAAAGAGAUUAACAGGAGGUGUCUUAUUGUUGAGAAACAAAUAUUACAUUGUAAUUUAUCGAGGGAAAGAUUUUGUUCCCAAAAGUGUGGCUUCUGCUUUAGUAGAAAGACAAGAAAUGACAAAAGAGAUUCAAGAUGCAGAAGAGAAGGUCAGAAAUGGAGCAGUUGCAGUUGCAGGUGUUGAAAAAGAUGGAGAAGCAACUCCACUUGCAGCAGGGACUUUGGCUGAGUUUUAUCAGGCUCAAGCACAAUGGGGAAGAGAAAAGACAAGUGAAGAACAUGAAAAGAUGCUUCUAGAAGCUUCCAAAACCAAAGUUACUCGAGUUGUCAAGAAACUUGAGCAUAAGCUGUUUAUUGCUCAAUCUAAAAGGUCUAAAGCAGAUAAAGAAUUGGCAAAGAUAAGAGAAUCAUGGCUUCCUUCAGGUGCUCCUGAAGAUCAAGAAACAAUUACAGAUGAAGAACGUGUUAUGUUUAGAAGAGUUGGAUUAAGAAUGAAGCCCUAUUUACCACUUGGUAUUCGUGGUGUGUUUGAUGGUGUUAUUGAAAACAUGCAUUUACACUGGAAACAUCGAGAGCUUGUAAAACUUAUCUCGAAGCAAAAAGAUAUAGAAUUUGUUGAAGAAACUGCAAGGUUUUUAGAAUAUGAAAGUGGUGGAAUUUUAAUAGAUAUUGUAAGAGUUCCAAAAGGCUAUGCAAUUAUUUAUUAUCGUGGCAAAAAUUAUCAAAGGCCAAUUAGUAUUAGGCCUAGAAGCCUUCCUUCAAAAGCACGUGCAUUGAAACGCUGGAAAGCCCUACAGAGAUACGAGGCUCUCACUGAACACGUGGCUGAGUUGGAAAACAACAUAAAGCAAACCAAAGCCGAAAAUGGUGGUGUUGAGAAUAUAAAGGACAUUGGUGCUCAAAACUCGGAGGAAAUUGAGCUGUUUGGUCAAUCCAUGGAAUCCCAACAGAGUGAAGAUGAAAGUUCAUGGACAAACUCUGAUGAUGAUGAUGAUGAUGAGUGGGAAAAUGAUGAGGAUGAGGAUGAUGAUGCUAAUUCAUAGAUGUAUGAGAGAUUGUUUAAUUUCAUUGUAUUAUAUAUUUCAGCAUUUAGGCUCAUCAUCAAUGUACUUUUCUCUCUCUCUCUCUCUCUCU